AUGCAGGACGCCUGGACUGCUCGCAAAGCUGAGGAGAUCCAAGGGUACGCGGACCGCAACGAAUGGAAGAACUUCUUCUCUGCGAUCAAAGCUGUCUACAGUCUGCCGGCGAAGGGCACUGCUCCUCUCCUCAGCGCCGACGGCAACACUCUCCUGACUGAGAAGACGCAAAUCCUGCAGCGAUGGGCUGAGCAUUUCCGAGGCGUCCUCAACCGCCCCUCCGUCAUCUCCGACGCCGCCAUCGAGCGUUUGCCGCAAGUGGAGACCAACGUGGACCUCGACCUCCCGCCAUCUCUCCAGGAAACCAUCAGGGCCGUGCAGCAGCUCUCCAGCGGGAAAGCACCCUGA